AUGGCAGCUGUCAAUCACACAGACUCCAGGCCCGGCACAUUCCUCCUUGUGGGCAUCCCAGGCCUGGAGAGGUUUCACCUCUGGAUUUCGGUCCCCUUCUUCUCCAUGUAUACUUUUGCCCUUCUCGGCAACUUAGUCUUGCUCUUUAUCAUUUUCCGAGAACAAAGCCUGCACAAGCCUAUGUACCUUUUCCUUUCUGCACUAACAGUAGCAGACUUGCUCUUAUCUACCUCUACAGUGCCCAGGAUGUUAGCUAUUUUCUGGUUCCGAGCGAGGGGCAUUUCUUUUGGUGCAUGCCUUGCUCAGGUGUUUCUCGUUCACUUUAUUUUUGUUGCAGAGUCAGCAGUUCUGGUGGCCAUGGCCUUUGAUCGCUAUGUUGCCAUCUGCAACCCCCUGCGCUACGUGACUUUAUUGACCCCCUCCAUCAUAUGGAGAAUAGAGGUGGCGGCUGUUGUCAGAAGCCUCUGCAUCGUCCUCCCGUUAGUGUUUCUGCUUCAAAGGCUGUCUUACUGCAGAAACCGCGUUAUCCCUCACUCUUACUGCGAGCACGUGGGUGUAGCCAGACUGGCCUGCACAAGUAUAAAGGUCGAUGUUGUCUACUGUUUAGCAAUUACCCUGCUGUCGGUGGGGAUAGAUGUAGUGUUCAUUUUUGUGUCCUACGGACUGAUUCUGAGGGCUGUCUUCCAGCUCCCCUCCACAGGCGCCCGUCUCAAGGCUAUGGGCACCUGCGGCUCCCACCUCUGCAGCAUCCUCCUCUUCUACACGCCGGCCUUCUUCUCCUUUUUCACGCACCGUUUUGGUGGCCACAGCAUCCCCCGCCACAUCCACAUACUGCUGGCCAAUCUCUACGUAGUGGUCCCCCCCAUGCUAAAUCCCGUCAUUUAUGGAGUGAAGAACAAGCGGAUUCGUGAAUCACUACAGUCCAUGUUGGCUUGGACAGGAAGAGCACUGGGCUUCCCGUGGAGCCCAACAGCGUCUGGGCCACUGUUCGCCAUGUACCCCAUCCCCACAUACCCCAUCCCCACAUACCCCAUCCCCAUGUACCCCAUCCCCAUGUAUCUCAUCCCCACAGACCCUGUCCCCAGAGACCUCAUCUGCACUGAAUCCUUCAUGAUUCCUAACAGACUGGUGAACAUGGCUCUGCUUGAACAGCUUGUUGGAAGGCUGCUUUAG